UCAUACUGAUUUGUGCAGUUGAACAUGUUGAUUUAGUUUAAUUGUGUCCCAAAAUACGAAAAAAUGGCGGCUCGCCACCGCUUUGCUACAGGCAGCCCUGAAGAAACAGAGCCUUUGUAUUCUUCGUCGCAAAUGCCGGAAAAAGUCCGAGAAAAAUGGAACGUAUUCGAAGACCCUCCAAGAGAACCCACCGUUGGUUCCGAAGUCAAAAGAACUUACAUCGAGUGGGGAGUGAAAAUUUUGAAAGUUGUAACAAUCAUAACUGUAUUUUUUGUGGUACUUGGUGCUGCAGUGAUUUCGAAAGGAACAACCUUGUUUAUGACGUCACAAAUAAAAAAGAAUGUAACAAGGGCUUAUUGCAACAAAAAGAUAGACCGCAACCUCCAAUUCGUCGUCUCACUCCCCGAAGUCGAACGCGUUCAAUGGAUAUGGCUCCUCAUUUUCGCCUACAUGAUCCCCGAAGUGGGCACCUGGAUCCGCGCCAUUCGCAAAUGCAUCUACAAGCACUGGACUAUGCCCUACGUCUCCGAAUUUCUCUCCCUUUGUGCUACCGAAACAUGCCCCGCGAUCGGAAGCGCGAUUUUUAUUUUCGUCGUCCUUCCGGAGAUAGACGUCGUCAAGGGAGCGAUGCUCACAAACGCGGUUUGUUUCGUACCAGGAGUUGUUGCAAUGUUUUCGCGAAAACCAUGCUCGAUAAACGAAAAUUUGAAAAUGGGGCUCGACAUUGCGAGUAUAACUGCUCAAGCUUCGAGUUUUGUCGUCUGGCCUUUGGUCGAAAAUAAUCCGACUUUGUAUUUAAUCCCGGUCUCGGUGAUCCUUAUUUCGAUCGGUUGGUGGGAGAACUUCGUCUCCGAGACUUCUUAUUUGCCGUUUAUCCGGAAAUUGGGUGAAAGUAAAAAAGAGUUUAAGACUACAACAUACUUCAUCUACUCUUUCGUAGCCCCAAUUAAGUGUUUAAUUUUCUUUUGCACUGCUUUGGUCAUAUUUUAUUGUCAAGAGGGCAACGUGGAUUUCCUCUUUGACAAUUUUUCAGACGCUUUUCAGGAUCAUAAAAUUGAAAUAACUGAAGUUGCGCCAGUGUUACCGGGAAAUUAUGAAAAUGCCAGUUCUGUCGGAAGCCAAAAGCCCUUCGAGACAAGUAGCUACAUGACAGCAAUUUGGGUUUGGUUGAUCAACAUCUCUGCGACUUAUAUUUGUUACGCUUUUGGGAAAUUCUCCUGCAAAGUCAUGAUCCAAAGUAUUAGUUUCGCUUUUCCGAUCAAUUUGUCUGUCCCUGUCCUUUUAUCCGGUCUUAUAGCAAUGUGUGGGAUGUACUACAGUGAUGAGUGCUCUUUCGUAGACUCAAUCCCUCCAUAUUUAUUUUUCGUUACUCCGCCACUUAUGUUUUUACAAGAUUUUCUUUCGCAACAACAUGCGUGGAUUUGGCUGGUUUGGUUGUUGUCACAAGCGUGGAUUUCGGUACAUAUUUGGUCACCAAACUGUGAUAAACUUUCAAGUACUGAACAAUUGUUUAUUCGGCCAAUGUAUGAUGCGUUUUUGAUCGAUCAAAGUCUUGCAUUUAAUCGGAGACGGGAGGAGAACCCCAGGCAUUAUACGAAUGAUGAAGGGCCUCAAAUUACAGAACUUGAACCGGAAACAACUGAAACUCAGGACGCCAUAACCCGGGUUUAUGCCUGUGGAACAAUGUGGCACGAAACUCGAGAAGAAAUGAUAGAAUUUUUAAAAUCUGUUGUGCGCUUAGAUCAAGACCAAUGCUCCCACAGGAUAGUGAGAGAGACUUUAGGACUCAAACAUGACAAUUAUUACGAACUAGAAACUCAUGUAUUUUUCGAUGAUGCGUUUAUUCGGACUAGUGAAGACGAUAAUGAUCCCCACGUCAACGAAUAUGUUGAGUUACUUGCGUCCAUUAUAGACGAAGCUGCAACUAAAGUUCAUGGUACUACCGUGAGGGUACGUCCGCCUAAAGUGUAUCCCACUCCGUAUGGAGGUCGCUUGGUUUGGACACUUCCGGGUAAAACAAAAAUGAUUGCCCAUUUAAAAGAUAAGAAGAAGAUCAGGGCGAAAAAGCGGUGGUCGCAGUGCAUGUAUAUGUACUACUUGCUUGGAUUCAGAUUACAAGCCAACGACGAACUCUCCAUUUCAAGUAAAGAAAUCCGUAGCGAAAACACCUACAUCCUGGCUCUCGACGGUGACAUCGAUUUCCAACCCGAAGCGCUCCACUUGCUCGUCGACUACAUGAAGAAAAACAGAAAAUUGGGAGCGGCCUGCGGCCGUAUCCACCCCAUAGGCAGUGGUGGCAUGGUUUGGUAUCAAAUGUUCGAAUACGCUGUUGGUCAUUGGAUGCAAAAAGCCACCGAACACGUCAUUGGCUGCGUCCUGUGUAGCCCCGGUUGUUUCUCCCUAUUCCGAGGGAAGGCUCUAAUGGACCAUAGUGUCAUGAAGAAAUACACCACUAGAUCGACCCAAGCUAAACACUACGUGCAGUACGAUCAAGGGGAGGAUCGGUGGUUGUGCACUUUGCUGCUACAAAGGGGGUACAGAGUUGAAUAUUCGGCGGCUUCGGACGCUUUCACGCAUUGCCCAGAAGGGUUCAACGAGUUUUAUAACCAGAGGAGGCGCUGGAUGCCAUCAACUAUGGCUAAUAUUCUAGAUCUUUUGAUGGAUUAUGAGCACACGGUGAAAAUUAACGAAAAUAUUUCCAUAUUGUACAUUGGGUACCAAAUUGUUCUGAUGAUUGGUACUGUUAUUGGCCCUGGUACUAUUUUCCUCAUGUUGGUUGGUGCCUUCGUAGCUGCGUUCGGGCUCGACCAAUGGAGCAGCUUCUACUGGAAUUUACUUCCGAUUGCUGUUUAUGUCCUGGUGUGUGCUACUUGCAGUUCCGAUAUUCAGUUGUUUUUCGCUGGUCUCAUCAGCGCCAUCUAUGGUUUGAUAAUGAUGGCAGUUUUCGUCGGUGUGAUGUUACAAAUCAGUCAAGAUGGCCCUUUGGCACCUUCUUCUCUCUUCUUCUUCUGCAUGGCUGGCGAAUUUAUAAUUGCAGCAAUUUUACAUCCGCAAGAAUUCAACUGUUUAAAAUACGGGGUCAUCUAUUAUGUCACAGUCCCCAGCAUGUACCUCCUACUAGUUAUUUACUCUGUUUUCAACAUGAACAACGUCUCGUGGGGGACUAGAGAAGUAACAGUAGUGCCCAAACCUGACCCGAAUGCCGUUCAGAAAGAACAAGUGGAAGAGAAAAAGCCGGAGAAGAAAGACAAAGUUUUGACAUUUCUGGGGGCUAACGCUCAAGAUGACGAAGGGGGGCUUGAGUUUUCAGUUAAUAAGCUUUUCAAAUGCAUGAUUUGUACGUACAAAUCUGAUAAUAAGGAAAAUGAACAGUUGAAAAAAAUUCAAGAGUCGUUGAGAGACUUGAAUAAGAAAAUAGAGUCGCUGGAAAAAAUACAAUACCCCGAUUUGAGAUCACCUGCUGUUAAUAAUGUUACAACUUUCAUGGAAGGCUCGAAGGCUACAGUCAAAAGCAACGCCGAGGAUAAUUAUAUGGAGCCCCCGCAAGAUAACAUUUCGCUACCCUCGGAUGAAGUAAUGGAAAAUAGUUGGUUCUAUGAUGGUCCUCUGAUAAGGGGCGAAGUGCAUUAUUUGAACAGAAGCGAAGAAACCUUCUGGAAUGAAUUAAUAGAGAAAUAUUUGCACCCCAUUGAAGACGACAAGAAGAAAGUUUCGGCGGAAUUGAAAGACUUGAGAGACAAAAUGGUGUUUACCUUCCUGAUGUUAAAUUCACUCUAUGUAAUUGUGGUAUUUUUGCUGACUUUGAAAAAAGAUUUAUUGCAUUUAGAUUGGCCAUUUGACCCCAAAAUGAACUUUACGUAUUUCGAGGACAAAAAUGAGUUUGGUGUUUACAUAACAUAUCUCCAGUUGGAACCUAUUGGUUUCGUUUUUCUUAUAUUUUUUGCGUUGCUUAUGGUCGUUCAAUUCUUCGCAAUGUUGGUUCACCGUUUCGGCACGUUCUGUCAAGUCAUCACAAAGACACAAUUGGAUUUCGAUCUGUGUAGCAAAUCAAUCGAUGAAAUGACUAUGGACGAACUCAGGACCCGUGACCCCAUAAAAUUAGUCGCAGAUUUGCAAAAACUGAAAGGUAUAAAUAACGAAUAUGAGGAGCAAGCGGAACUUCCAGUCGAAACGAGGAAAACUGUAAGUAAUUUGGCUCAGAAAAAUGGUGGUGGGGAGAACAAACCCAUAUUCUACUUGGACGAAGCGUUCCAAAGGAGAGUCACUCAAUUGGAAAGUACCUCUAGUAACAAUCCGAGCAUUAGUGCAUUUAGGAAAAAGAGUCUUGCUUACGUCCAACAUAGAAUGAGUAUAGCCCCAAAUAGAGCCUCUCAAGCCCGGUCCAGUGUCCAACCGAGAAUGAGUAUAGCCCCAAAUCGGGCCUCUCAAGCCCGGUCCAGUGUCCAACCGAGAAUGAGUAUAGCCCCAAAUCGGGUCUCUCAAGCUCGUCCUAGUGUCCAAAUGAAGUAUCCCAAUGGAAACGUCAAUGAAAGUUUUGUUUUUGAUGAAAAUGGAUCAGACGUGGAGGCAUAAAAUUCAAAUUAUUUUUUACUCUUAAAUUUAUUAAAUAAAAGGCUUACAAAGUG